AUGAGCCUCGACCCGGCUGACGUGAUGCCCUUCGUCCUGUUUCUGGGCAUGACCGGAGUGAACAUGACGAAGGAGUUGGAUAAUCUUGUCAUCAAGGAGAUGAGCGAGGACGAAGCGCUCCUGUACAGCCAGGCCUUCCACCGAGAGGGCUUCUCGCAGGCGCAGUUCAAGCGGCUCCUGAGCUGCCCGAGCUGCAAGUGGGGCGUCGCCCAGCCCGGGGAGGUGCUCAACAGCUCCGACCCGACGCGGCUGAAGCUCAUCGUGAGGGGCUCCGCGAGGGUGGCCGCCACGGCCUCCGGCGCGCCCGCCGUCGACCUCCCCGCGCCGACCAGCAUCGGCGCCACGAGGUUCCUGCGGGGGCGCGACCCCUGGAGGCGGGAGGUCGUCGAGGCGCGGCUGGCG